GUCCUGCCCCCCAAUCCCUUUACACAGGAAGUACCGUAUCGGCCUCUUCCUUAUUGACGCUCCGUUCCUCCAAUGGGAUCCGCUCCGCAGCGCUGAAGGCACCGUCUCACGGCUCCGCUUGUCCAGGAGAAGACUGUCUACGGUUCGCAAGGUAAAACUCGACAAAGUCGAAGCCAUGGAUCACGAUCACUCGAAAAUGCCCGUUUAACUUUUGAAGAUAUUAAAGAUGCCCGGUCUCAUGUCCUGUCCCUGUGGUCUGAUAGUCAUUGGUCUACUCCUCCUCCUUUGCUCCUCCUCCGUGAACACCCAAUCAGAGAUAUGGACCAAUGAAGAUGUUCAGUACGGGAGGCUUGGGUCAAACGUCACGCUGCUGUGUAGAGAUGCACUGGACAGGACGUCCGUGGAGUGGCGUCUGAACAGGAGUUCCGUGUUGCCAUGGCAGCACCGAGUGACAUCAGACGGUCGUCUGGUCCUCGUGCACGCAGAACUCGCCGCCGAGGGUAACUACAGCUGCCAUGACGAACAGGGACUCCUCAUCCAGACCACCAGACUCCGGCUAGGAUAUCCUCCCGGGCUGCUCAGCAUUUCCUGUCUUGUGCCCAAUCACAGCCUAGUAUUGUGUUCAUGGGUGGAGUCUGUGAAGACCCACCUACCAGCCCUGUACCACACCUCCUAUAGGGGUAAUAAGAGCCAGGUGAGGAUGUGUGUUUUGUCGUCCCCUCCCCAGCAGCAGUGCACCAUAACAGACCCUACCAUGUGGCAGCUCUACCACUACAUCAACAUCACAGAGACCAACCCUCUGGGGUCACAGACCACCAUCAUACAGGUCAAGUUCCAUGAGCUCUUGCAGCCAGACCCCCCAGAGGCAGUAACAGCAGUGGGGAUGGUGGGAUAUCCCAUGAGGCUCCAGGUGUACUGGACGUACCCUGCCUCCUGGCUCCACGACGCUGUGCCCUUCCCCCUCCGCUUCCAGCUCCGCUACCGUCCUGUAGGAUUCAGCACCUGGUCUACCGUGGAGUCUAAGGCCAGUGCCCUGCUAAUAACCGACGCCCUAGCAGGUCACGCCCACCAGCUGCAGGUGAGAGCCCAGGACGAGAUCAACCCAGACAGCCGGUGGAGUGAGUGGAGUCCCCUGCUGCAGACCUGGCCGUGGAGCGGUUGCACAGCAGAUCCAACUGAACAAACCGGCCCUGUAGAUGCAGAGCUCUCUACAGCCAAGUCAGAGAAUUCGGAGGAUGAUGGUGGUAGUCUGGGAGUGGUGAUAUUUCUGUCCCUGUUUGCUGUCAUCAUCAUAGCCCUGUUGUCCUCUCUAUUUGUCCUCAUGUGGGUGAGGCAAUGGAGGCGGGACAAUGUGACACGACAGGAACUGACCUCAAUGUUGAAGAUGAAGUCCUGCAUAUCUGAACCUAGGUUGGCCCAUCCUCUCAGCCCUUAUAGGGCCCCUCCUCUCCACCAGGCCAUACCUCCACUAGCUGUCUGCAGCGUCCACAACACACUACCCACAACCUCCCAGGAGUCUCACCACCCUGCCAACAACCCAUCUGGAGUGAGUGCUUGGCCUGGUCGCUGCCUGCCGACAGACAGACAUGAUGGACCGACUGACUGACUCCUCCCACUGGAGUUGAACCUCUUCUGAUUGGUUGUGGGCCUCAGUGACAGUACAGCACCAGUAAACAUGAAGUCAAAGGAAGGAGAGAUUAGUAUCUGUCUGUCUCCUCCUCUGACUGACUGAACAAGGUUCACAUUGUUUUCCCUGACGAUGGUCCUUUAUUCAUUUCACUCAUAUUGUGACUAUUGGAAUGCUGAAGGAGGAGGAGAAGAAGAAACAGUUUGCCAAUUUGAUAAAGCAAAAAGCAUUACUGAUAUAUAGACCGGUUGGCAAUAUAGACAGGUUAUAAACAGGUUAUAAACAGGUUAUAGAGAAGUUAUAGACCGGUUGGCAAUAUAGACAGGUUAUAAACAGGUUAUAAACAGGUUAUAGACAGGUUAUGGAGAAGUUAUAGACCGGUUGGCAAUAUAGACAGGUUAUAAACAGGUUAUAAACAGGUUAUAGACAGGUUAUGGAGAAGUUAUAGACCGGUUGGCAAUAUAGACAGGUUAUAAACAGGUUAUAGACAGGUUAUAGACAGGUUAUGGAGAAGUUAUAGACCGGUUGGCAAUAUAGACAGGUUAUAAACAGGUUAUAAACAGGUUAUAGACAGGUUAUGGAGAAGUUAUAGACCGGUUGGCAAUAUAGACAGGUUAUAAACAGGUUAUAAACAGGUUAUAGACAGGUUAUGGAGAAGUUAUAGACCGGUUGGCAAUAUAGACAGGUUAUAAACAGGUUAUAAAGAGGUUAUAGACAGGUUAUGGAGAAGUUAUAGACCGGUUGGCAAUAUAGAGAGGUUAUAAACAGGUUAUAAAGAGGUUAUAGACAGGUUAUGGAGAAGUUAUAGACCGGUUGGCAAUAUAGACAGGUUAUAAACAGGUUAUAAAGAGGUUAUAGACAGGUUAUGGAGACGUUAUAGACCGGUUGGCAAUAUAGACAGGUUAUAAACAGGUUAUAAAGAGGUUAUAGACAGGUUAUGGAGAAGUUAUAGACCGGUUGGCAAUAUAGACAGGUUAUAAACAGGUUAUAGACAGGUUAUAGACAGGUUAUUGAGAAGUUAUAGACCGGUCGGCAUUAUAGACAGGUUAUAAACAGGUUAUAAAGAGGUUAUAAACGUUAUUUAGAGGUUAUAGACAGGUUGUCAUUCUCUUGACUUCAGCAGAAGAAGAGAAGGAACACUCAGCAAGGCCGCUGCUAUUGGCCAACGGAUGAGAAAGAGGAGUCCUGUCAUUUCCAUGCUGACCAGUCACAGACAGUGUCAGGAUGAUGUCAUAACUUAAUGUGGGUAGCUUGAGGUUACAUUGGUCUGGGAACAGUUAUCUUCUCCCCCCGACCCCCACCAGAAGUGACGUGGUUGCCCCACCUGGAGCAAGAAGACCUGAUGGAGUAACUGUCAUAAUCACCCAUUUAUGAGAGGUCUCUACCACUUAUAACCAGCAUGACAUCAGUUGUCCUCCGUCCCAUCAACAUCACACAGCGUUAAUUCUGCUCUAAAGGACAGCGAAGUCAUUUCCCAGUUCUUUACAUCGCUGUGUAGUCAUGGGAAACACAAGGUGCCUUUACACAAAGUUAAAGCCUCGCUGGGUGUCUUUGAGGUUCUCUCGAGCUAGUAGCGAUGCAUGGAUCCUAUUGAAGCUUCUUCUGUGUUCUAUCUCUAACCAGCAGAACUAAAUGUAGUUCAUAAUUAUAUUCUGGUAUUUUUAGAGGUUGUUCCACUGCACAGAUCCCCAGUCAUUGAUAUGAAGCUCUUAAUGCAGCAGAUGGCCCAGGGUGUCCCCCUACAUCCUACAUGGACACCCUGGGCCCUGUAUACUGUGAGCUCUGAAAGAAUUGGGACAGUGACAUUUUUUACUGUUGGAUGCAUUUGUUAUUUGUUUUGGUUGUGUUUUAGAUCAUUUACCCAAUAAUAAUGAAUGGUAAAUCAUG